AAGAGUGCGGCGCGGGCAUGAGAAAAAGGGCCCACGUAGGAUGAGACCAAGUGAUUGCAAAUCGAAGGGUGAAUAGUGUCAUUUCAACUGUGUGCAGAGGGAGUGAGAAGGGGAGUGAACGAGAGAGGAGAAAAAGAGGAGAGGAGAGGAUCGGGCCCCACAAAGCCAGAGAGCAAGGAGAGUCUGUGACAGAUUUACACACAUCUGCAACUCUGGGUCCGCUUUCUCCUCGAACCUGUGCUCCUGCUUGGGGUUGCUCCUUCCGCUGCCUUGUUGUUCGUUCACCGAGUUCGAGGGUGUUGCUCUAGACUGCUCAGAUUGGAGCACCUUCCUGGGAGUGACUGCAGCUGCUGGCCUGCAGCUGCAGCAGCAGCAAAGCAGCAAAGCAACCGGAUCACCGCAGGGACUUCCUGCUUGGCCUGUGCCAGGUGCAGGUCCUCAGCUUGUGCUAACGCUUGUGUGUUGUGCAACUUCUCGACAUCGUGGAACUGAAGGAAUUUGCUGUGGUGCGGAGGGACGGAGGACGUACCACAUUUCUUCCAUUCCACCGGGCUUGGGUUGGAUCCUGUGCUUCUGUCGACUGUCGAAUGUCUCUCACUCGAUUCUUAGAAAGCUGCAGAUUAAUCCUUUCACCUCAGAAUCCAUCCCUCCGCCUCCGCCUUUUGCACAGAGAGAGGAGAGGUUACGUUGCCAGAUGAUUAAACUUUUCCGUGUUUCUGCCGUCGGAGUGUUAAGUGGAGUGCAGUCUAAUAUAGCAGCGGCAGAGGCCUAGAAACGGACGGAAAUAAGUGGAUCCGAGUAAUUUUGAGGGACCCCUUCUGAACAACUGAGGUGAAAUUAGUGCGUAAGACUGCGACAGCACAAUCAGCAGCAAGUGCCCAGGCCAGUGCCUUCACAGUAUCCGAAGCAGUGGGCAUCUUUGGCUGCAGGUGUAAUGGCUUGAAUAAGUUCCGAAAUUCCUUCCAUUAGUUGGACGGAAGUGGCUCCAGUCCUGCCUACUUGAGGAUUCUGGACGUCGGAGACUCAAAGGAGAAGAUUGGUUUCUUGCUUACUUUUGCAAUCGUCAGGAUCUGCCAGUCUUUGGGCAUUAAGAUCGACCAGCUGACGGUAAAAUUCAUAUUCGAUGUGAGUGCAACAGUGGGAGGUCCAAACUCCCAUCAUCAACUGCUCUUGGGUCCCACUGAGAACCGCAAUUCUAUUGAAGCUGCCAGUAGCUCACGCGGAAUCAGUAGGUGCUUGGACUCGUCCAUGCAUAAACAGCAUAGCACAGGUACAACGACAACGGUAAAGUCCUGGGAUAAAAAAUUACGUAGCUGAUCCAUUCAGCCUGAGUCGACAUCGGUACAAGUCAACUGCCUGAGAACAGCUGCUGCAGAACAACGAGAAGAAAGCUGGAAGCCAAUGAUCAGAUGCUCACCCUCUGGGUCUGGUGACUCUCCGAAGCCCAUCUUCUGUCACAAUCCUGCAAGAAGUGGUAGGUGGAAUUUCAAGGGUCGAGCUACGUAAUAUCUCGUGUUAACAUACAGGUAAUCAGAUAGUUCCUCUAGAGCCAACGGUUGAUAAACAGCGAUCGACGAGACAAGCAAACGAAGACGACGAGGAGGAGGACGAGGAGAAGAAGAGCACUGGAGCCUAAGACCAUCACAAAGAGAGAGAGAGCGUGCAUCAAAGCUCUGAUCAGAGAAAUAGAUUCACCUAAAUUCAAAAGCGAAGGAAAGGGUUGGCUGGAUCGAUCCCGUCGGCAUGAGCAGUAGUGGAGCACCGUGCGGGGCUUGCAAGUUCCUGCGCAGAAAAUGUGUUCGCGGUUGUAUAUUUGCUCCUUACUUCGGUGCGGAGCAAGGUGCUGCUCGCUUUGCAGCUGUGCACAAAAUUUUCGGGGCCAGUAAUGUCGGAAAGCUGCUUCUACACAUUCCUCUGGGCAAGCGGUGUGAUGCUGUCCUCACUAUCAGCUACGAAGCCCAGGCUCGACUCUCAGACCCGGUCUACGGCUGCGUCGCCACCAUAUUCGCUCUCCAACAGCAGGUGGCGAGCUUGCAGGCAGAGUUGGCCAUUGUACAGGCGCAGCUGGCCAGCCGUUUAGCAGUGGCAGCGUUACAGCAGCAGCAGCAGCAACACCAACAACAUGGGGGAGGAGGCGCUGGCGGAUCAUCAUCGAUGCCUUAUGUCGAGCAAGGAAGCAUGACACCCGGGGGCGUCACGGCGGGCAUGUCCAUGGCUGGAAGCUCAUCGGUUGGAUCUUACGCCAACCGCAUAAAGGAAGAAUCCUAUCAUCAUGGAAUGCAUUGCUACGAUCCCGGACAUCACCACGGUGUUCAUCUCGACCAGAUGACUUCCAGCCCUCCUGACGACAUGGAGCCUCAGGACCUCCACAAAAGAGGCUCCGACUCGAUGGAUCCGCAGCAGAGUGGGGCGACUGGAGGUGGAGGUGGAGGAGGAGGAGGAGGAGACAUGGGGGACCUGCAAAUUCUGGCCCAAGCGCUUCUCAGCAGCCGCAAAUGAUCAUUGCGAUCAUGAUCAUCGUAUCAUCAUGAACUCAUUAAGACCGAUCGAAUCCUGCAUGCAACAACGAUUGAUCAUGAGAUCUCGAAGCCCAUCAUCUGUCUACUAGCUACUCACUCCAACUGCAGCAGCAGCAUCGGUAUUUUCUUCAGAAGACAAUCAAACGGCAGCAGAAGUUAGAACAUCAAUCGUAACAAUGGAAUGGAAUGGAAUGGAAACCGUCAUCAUGCUGCAGUUGAUGACGAACUCUUCUUCCUCCGAGUAGAGAGAAUCAUGACCUUGGCGGUGCACUGUACUGAACUGGUUGACCAAAAGCAAAACUCUUGCUUGAGAGAGUGGAGGUAUAUCGUUAGAGUAGAGACGUAAGUACAUAUAGAAUCUGAUAAUCAAUUGUAAAGAGAUUGUACUACGACCAAUACAUUGGUGGUGCCAGUCGGAGUCACUAUUCGUGUCUCCCUGCCACGGCAAUCUCUCUGAACAUGAUGGGCUUGGCAGCUCAAGGGUGAGGUACUAAAUGUUAGUUCGAUCCUCCAUCCUCCACCCCUGCCUCCCUGGAAAACUGAACAAACAUACAUGAAUUCAUACGGAGCUAGACUAUACUAACUCACAAAUUCUCCUCUACGUACUCUUACACUACUGGUUCUACUGUUCUAAGUUUGGUCCAGCAGCUGCAGUUGACCUUGGAGGUGCAGUUACUACUGAAAUAGUUCCGUCUUGCCUGGAAGAGGAGCUCGAACUUUCUUUUGCUUCACCAACUGGAGCUUCACUCUAAGCUUAGGUAGAUAGGUACAUAGAUAAUAGAUAGAUAGUCAAGACGAAGAUUACGUGGAGUGUACUAAUAUAAAAUGCUAUUUAGGCAUUGUAUACAGCUUCAGGGAUAAAGUCCACCAUGUAAAAUUGUUACUCAUUGCUUCCUUUCAUAAAGAAUUAU